AUGCCUCUUACAGAUAAAGUGGCGACACUCUUGGCUGCUGCUGAAGAAAUGAAGAAGAGGGCUUUGAAAGGAAGCUCUUAUGAUCAUGAUCAUGAGGAGCCCACGCAGCAGACCCCGAAGACCCCCACUAAGGAUGUGCCGUGCAAGGUUGAGAAAAGAACUCCAGGGCCACCCGUGCGCAAGGCGUGCAAGCUGGAGCAUCUGAGCCCGGCAGCUGCUCGAGAGGAUGCUGCGGUUUCUGUUGUGUCUGGUUCCUCCAAUCAGGGGACCCCGCACUCCAAACGUCGAAGCGGCACCCCGCACAGCAAGUCGAAGAAACGGCGCACCAGCAAAACCCCGACUCCAACAAAGGACCAAGCAGACACCGUAGCAGCGACUCAAGAAGAGCCCCCAGAAGCAACAGAAGAGCAAAAUCCAGACCAGUCCGUCACCGCAGCAAAUCCAGAAGAGGCCCAGAAAGCAACAACUCCAGGAAAGCGAACUCCAGACAAGGCCCUGAAAGCAGCAAGUCCAGAAGAGACCCAGAAAGCAGCAACUCCAGGAAAGCGAACUCCAGACAAGGCCGUCAAAGCAGCAAGUGCAGAAGAGACCCAGAAAGCAGCAACUCCAGGAAAGCGAACUCCAGACAAGGCCGUCAAAGCAGCAAGUGCAGAAGAGACGCAAGUGCCGACACCAGCCGAUCGAUAUGUAGACCAGCAGCAGAACAAAGCUUCCCCCCACAGUGUUGGAAAGCGCCCCAAUACUCCGCGGGAGAUCCGGAAAAUGGCUGGCAAGGCGAAGUCCAGUGCAGAUGCUCGAUCGGUUAUGUUCGAGGACUGGCUGCAGGGCGGCGAAAAUUGGAAAAGCUCGAAGCUGCUUGCGCGUUUGCGCAGCAAGUCCUCCUCGGCAGGCAGGGGGAUGAGGAAGUGGCUCUUCUGGAGCGAAAUGGUCACGCGUUUCGGCGAAAGCGUGGCACAGGCGCUCAGGGAGACAAAGGAGGCCGAUCCCGAACGAAGCCUCACGGAGAUACGCAAAUGGCCGGAGUGCGAGGACUAUGUGCAGUACCUAUGCCUUGUGGACUCCAGUGAGGAGGACUGCGACGAGGAGGAGUUUGAACAGAUCCUUGAAGCCCAGGCUGUCAGUCCGGAAGAGGCAGAAUCCCAGAAGGCCCAGCAGGAGAGAAAGACCAAAGCCAACAAGGCCUUGACCAGAGCAACAGAGAAGAUCAAGAUUGGUACAAAGAUUGAUCAGGAGGUGAAUGUCCAAGGGAUGGGCGACCACCUGCUUGAAGCCAUGAAGCUUGAUGUGAAAGCGCAGGCGCAGAAAGUGCAGGAUGCCCGCGGCCAGCUCCAGCUUGCAGUGGAUCGAGAUGAGGUCGACGAUCCCAUGGACAACCUCAUCAGCAGCCUGACUGCCAUGUGUGACACGUUCGAUAAAAUCCACAAGGAUUUCCUGAGUCGGAAAAACAAGGAUGCUAAUCCAGAAAAGAAGGCCAAGAAGUGA